AUGUCAACACCGACAGCACAGCGCUCAUGCCUGAGCUGCCGCGCUCGAAAGGUGCGAUGUGACCGAGUCUCACCUCAGUGUUCCCGAUGCAAGAAGCGAAGACUUGAGUGUGAGAUCCCUGAACCUCCGCCUCGGGUGCUUUGGCUGCGCCCACUGACGGGGCUCCACGAAGAGCCGGAUGAGGAGUUCCAUGCAAGACGAGAGCUUCUGUUUGGAAGACACCAUCAAGCACAGACUUCGGCCGAUUUGGCCUCGCUAACUGGCAAGAACUCUAUUGUGUCAAUUUUGGAAAAGCUUGACCAACAAAGCGAGAGUAUCUGCUUUGAUCAGGUCUUGUGCAAUGGACCUUUCCACGUAUUUCAACAUGCGGAGGUGCAACCUGUCCAGCUCGAUACCUUGUCGGAGAUUCUUGGUCCUGGGUUCUGGGACCCUUCAAUGACAGAUACCGACUCUUUGGCCCAGUAUAAUCCGCACCAGCUUAACCUGGAAACCCCGGAAUUCGUUAAUUUCGACGCAGAGUUGCGAACCCCAUCCCUGGACUUGACUGCGCUUAGCCCGUUGGAUUUUCCCUCCGCAGACACGCUCGCACCAUUGAGUCCACGAUCCAUAUUCCGUGGAGAAUCGCCAGCAGACCUAACCGAUUUCGCACUGUCUACAGCUAAAGAUCUACUUGGUCAUUACCGAGAGACCUUGGUCUCAUUCUUCACCCCCGCACGGGUCGCGUCGCAGUCCCCAUGGGAAACAAUGUACAUACCAAGUGUGUUCAGCACGGUGGGCGAGAUUGGACUGUCUGGGAAUAGCAGCAAUGCCAAAGUAUCUCUUCUGUUUGCGAUCUUUGCUAUCAGCGCGUUCAGCUUGGAUGGGCUUUCCCGCAGUACUGACGCGUCGGGGCGCCAAGACUGGCGCGCACUCGGUGAGAUGUAUCGUGAAAGGGCGAACAGGCGAUUGAAAAGGUCCCUGCAUGACUUGUCAUCUGUGAUCGGGAAAAAGCAAGAGAAAUACAAAGAUAUCCUCAUGGCUUUGCUAAGUAUGGUCACAAUUUGUGUGGUGAGUGGGAAUAUGGAAAAUGCAGGGCACUAUUUGAGAGACAUCGAGGAGAUUAUCAAUCUGUACGGUAUGCGAAAAGUUGCUCGCUCAUCCAAAGUGCGAAUGCUUCAUAGUAUUUACCUCUACCUCCGUGUAUUAACCGAGCGUGCAUGUGCCGACGACCGACGGUCAGAAUCAGGCAUGGUAGAGCUCCCAGCAGCCCUCUUAGACGAUUCUUCAAAUUCGCGGCUUACAAACUGGGAUCAAAUCCUUGGGUUCCCUUCGUCUGUGUCAAGUUCUGACGUUUCGGAUUUUGAUCGGAUCCCGAGGCAUAUCCCAUACAAGUCAGCAUUCGAGGAGAUAUACUCCGUACCACAAUCGUUGUUCAAGCUUAUUCUCCAAACAACACAACUGGCAACGCGGGUUCAAAAGCUGGAGAUUGCUGGAAGAUCAAAGGUCACUGAUCAUGAUGCACUCGCGGUCAAGGUCAAGGAGUUGGAAAACAACAUCUGCGAUUGGGAACAUCAAACGAGGGAUGAUCUGAAAUAUCAUCGCGCAGCAAAUACUCCCCAAAAAGAGGAGUUCCCUUAUCACCUUGUUCAGGCAGUACAAAAGGCACUGCUCAUCUACUUUUAUCGCUGCAUAAGAGAUGUCAACCCGGCUAUGGUACAGCUGUAUGUGCAGCAAACAAUCUAUCAUCUCCUUGAAUACGAUAGGCAAAAGCAGAAUUACGAAGAUCAGUCAUCCAAUACCUGCUGGCCUGGGUUCAUCGCGGGAUGCGAGGCACAGGAUCCUCAUCUCAGAGACCAGAUUGCCAGUUGGCUGGAUCGAUCUGGUCAGUCCACUGGUAUUCGCAUGUUUAUUGUGGCUCGCGAAGCUGUACAAAAGGUCUGGCAGGCUCGGAGCUACCCAGGUAUGGAAACUGUUCCUUGGAAUCGGUUUUGA